GGUGAGGUGAGGUGAGGGAGGCGCAUUCUUGUUAUUGUUCAUAAGUAAGGGGCUGGCUAAUUGGCCCAGGUGAUGGCGGGCAGCGGUGGUGCUCCUAAAAUCCUAUUAGCGAAGCCGGCCCUCGUGAGCGGAGCCAAGUACAACCGCGGCGGCGAUGAGUCCUCCCGUUCUCGGCUUCCUUCCGUUGCCUUUCUCAAUCUCUUAUCCGACUCCUGGGAUUUUCACACCGAUCGCUUCCUUCCUUUCUUGACCGAUAAUACUGAUUUUACUGUUGUCGGAGUCAUUGGUCCGCCCGGGGUUGGCAAGUCUACUAUUAUGAACCAGAUGUAUGGCUUUGAUGCAACCUCCCCUGGAGGGAUGUUGCCUCCAUUUGCAACAGAAUCAGUAGAAACCCAAUCACUGGCAAAGCAUUCUACACUUGGCAUUGAACCCAGGAUUACUUCUGAAAGGAUCAUACUUGUUGAUACUCAGCCUGUUUUCAGUCCUUCCGUUUUCGCAGAUAUCAUUCGAUCUGACGGUUCGUCCACAAUAUCAGUUUUGGCUGCUGAAUCUUUACCUGCUGAGUUGGCACAUGAACUCAUGAGUAUUCAGCUUGGUGUUCUCUUGACCUCCAUUUGUCACAUUGUAUUGGUGGUAUCGGAAGGAGUUCAUGAUACCAGCAUGUGGCGUCUAAUGGCAACCGUGGAUUUAUUAAAACAUAGCCUGCCUGACCCGUCCUCCUUGUCCCUUUCACAUCCACAAAGCUCUAAUUUAGGAUCUGAUAAAGAGAUUAAAGAUAAAAUACAAGAGGUUGGAGAAGAAUACAUGGCUUCCCCGGUUUUUGUUCACACAAAGCUUCAUGAACACAAUAGUGCUCCCAGUUAUCACGAGCAAGUAAAAAAGGCACUUAAUCAGUAUUUUUCCUCCACUUCAUUCAACAAACAUAAAUCCGAUGGUGGACCAUUAGAGUUAUUUUUUAUCCCACAGAAAUCUAAUUCCGGAACACAAUAUGAGAGUUACUAUUCUUCCAUGUGGAAACUGCGGGAUCAGGUUUUAUCAAUGAGUGGUCCAUCUUUUUCAAGAACUGUAUCAGAGAGAGACUGGCUUAAAAAUUCAGGCAAAAUAUGGGAACUCGUUAAGAAUUCAUCAACUAUUUCUGAUUACUGCAGGACACUUCAAAAUUCAGGCUUAUUCAGAAGAUAGAUACAUUACUUACUACUCGCUAUUACUUUGUCUCUUUCAUCACUUUUUUCUUAAUUUGAUUCUUGAAAACAUCAUCACCCUAUCUAUCUUCUGUUAAUUCUUGCCAGUCUCAGUUCCUUAAGAUGCGGAAUCCGAAUAGAUUAUAAAAAAAAA